AAGGGUAAAGCACUUACAUUACAUGUGGCCCGGCCUCAAACUCAAAUCAACAAGAUUGAUCAAUACAUUCACGAGUACCCAUAUAUACAUUAGGCUAUCAUAAAUAAUAUUAAUUAUGGGUAGUCAGCAGCAACAUCAUGAUCAGUUCGAGUCCCAAAGGGAUCAUCAUGCGUCAGAAGCAGGACUUGUACAAGGAUUGAGAAAAGAUGAUUUAGAGCUUGAGGCGCUGGAUCCGAAGAAGAAGACCAAGUACGAGGAAGAGGAAGAGGAAGAGGAAGAGAAGGAGAAUCUGGGGUUGGAGGAGGAGUUUUCAGUGGAAAGGAUAUUUGAGAAGCUAACAGUGCCGUCAUGGAAGGAGCAGCUGACUGUGAGAGCGUUUUUCAUAAGCUUUGUGCUGAGCGUGCUCUUCAGUGUGAUAGUGAUGAAGCUCAACCUCACCGUCGGUAUUAUUCCUUCUCUCAACGUCUCUGCUGGACUCUUGGGCUUCUUCUUUGUCAGGACUUGGACCAAGUUCCUCGACAGGUAUGGCCUCCUCAAACAGCCCUUCACCAGGCAAGAGAACACUGUUAUCCAGACCUGCGUCGUUGCUUCCUCCGGCAUCGCCUUUAGCGGAGGGUUUGGGAGCUAUCUGUUUGGCAUGAGUGCACGCAUUGCCCAGCAAUCCACAGACCACAGUACUAGUGAUAUCAAAGAUCCAGGCUUGCUUUGGUUCAUUGGCUUUCUCUUUGUUGUCAGCUUUCUGGGCCUCUUCUCUGUCGUGCCUAUUCGAAAGAUCAUGAUCAUAGACUUCAAAUUGACAUAUCCAAGUGGCACUGCAACUGCUCAUCUUAUCAACAGUUUCCACACUCCUCAAGGAGCCAAGCUAGCCAAGAAACAAGUAAAGGAGUUGGGAAAGUUCUUCUCCUUCAGUUUCUUAUGGGGUUUCUUUCAGUGGUUCUAUACUGCUGGAGAUGAUUGUGGAUUUGUAAGCUUCCCUACGCUCGGCCUCAAAGCAUAUCAGAACAAGUUCUUCUUUGAUUUCUCGGCCACAUAUGUUGGAGUAGGGAUGAUUUGCCCCUACAUUGUGAACAUAUCUGUUCUUCUUGGAGGUAUUCUGUCUUGGGGUUUAAUGUGGCCUCUCAUAGAAAACAGGAGUGGCGAUUGGUACAGCAAAGAACUCAAGCCAACUAGCAUGAAUGGCCUUCAAGGUUACAAGGUCUUCAUUGCCAUUGCCAUGAUCCUCGGUGACGGGCUAUACAACUUCUUGAAGGUGCUAAGUCGAACCCUCAUCGCCUUGCAAUCCCAACUCCGAGCCAAAGAUGUGAACAACAUUCUCCCGAUUGAAGAUCAGGUGUCUCCAGCUGUGACCUCUGCUCUCUCAUAUGAUGACCAGCGCCGCACCCAACUCUUUCUCAAAGACCAAAUUCCAGCAUGGUUUGCUGUUGGAGGCUAUGUUGCCAUUGCUGCAGUCUCAAUUGCCACUGUACCCCACAUAUUUCCCCAACUCAAAUGGUACUAUAUAUUGGUCAUCUACCUCUUUGCGCCCACCUUGGCUUUCUGUAAUGCAUAUGGCUGUGGACUCACUGAUUGGUCUCUGGCCUCCACUUACGGAAAGGUGGCCAUAUUCAUGAUCGGGGCAUGGGCCGGCUCCGCACAUGGUGGUGUUCUUGCUGGCCUUGCAGCAUGCGGAGUUAUGAUGAACAUUGUCUCAACAGCCUCUGAUCUAACCCAAGAUUUCAAGACCGGCUAUCUAACCUUGGCUUCCCCCCGCUCAAUGUUUGUGAGCCAAGUCAUCGGUACAGCAAUGGGUUGUGUAAUUUCUCCCUGUGUGUUUUGGCUCUUCUACAAAGCCUUCACUGACCUCGGCACACCAACAAGUGCCUAUCCUGCUCCCUUUGCUGUUGUGUACCGUAACAUGGCUAUUCUCGGGGUGGAAGGCUUCAAAUCUCUCCCCAAGCACUGCCUCUUACUUUGUGCCGUCUUCUUUGGCGCGGCCAUUCUCAUAAACGUGAUCAAGGAUUGCAUUGGUAAGAAGAGGGCACGCUUCGUUCCACUACCAAUGGCAAUGGCGAUACCUUUCUAUUUGGGAUCGUAUUUUGCCAUUGACAUGUGCAUUGGGAGCUUGAUAGUGUUUCUGUGGGAAAGGGUGAACAAGGCCAAGGCAGAUGCUUUUGUGCCUGCAGUAGCUUCUGGUUUGAUCUGUGGGGAUGGGAUUUGGACUUUGCCUGCUUCAAUACUUGCUCUUGCCGGGGUUAAGCCACCAAUUUGCAUGAGGUUUUUGUCAAGGGCAGAAAACGACAGAGUUACUAAACUCUUAACUGGUUAAACCUAAGGCUGAUCAGUAUGAUUGAUAGCCUAGGUAUAUGAAUAUGUGCAAAGUCUUGGAAUUAGAAGGUUGCAUAUCUCUGUAAAAUAUCAAAAGCUGCUUUGGAGCAGACCAAGGCACUGCCAAAUAGCCGUACCAAACUAUGUUAUUAAAUAAAAUUACAUUAAGUGUUUUGCUUGCUUAAAUUGAUAAUUAA